CUGCUGCUUCAGACAUCCAAAUUCAAUGUUAAUAGCAGGUGGUGGUGCUACUGCGCUUUUUCAACGUCUAGGACGGUUGUCUCUCCUGAGAAUUGCCUUUGAGGCCAUCUUUAACUGCACGCAGUUGCCCCGAAACUCUGCAUUCCAGAUUGCAGGCAGCCACAAUGGGGCGCUCAGACAAGGCGGCUGAGGCCAAUGGCACAAAGCAGCCCAAGAAGCGGGCGCACAUUGAGCCUGAAGAGGAGGAGGAAGAACUAGAGGAGGGAUAUGAACUAGAGGAGGAAGCAGAACUGGACUCAGAGGACGAGGGGAUGGAGUUGGGGGACGAGGACGGUGAAGAGGAGGAGGCGCUUCUGGAGAUGUUCACUCAGGCGGAAAUCAUUGAAGACAUGAGAAAAGCGGGCGAGGUCAAGAGCGGGAAAGCGAUUGCGGAGAAGGAUCGGGAACUAGAGACGGCUGCCGACUUCAUGCAGUGGCUGAUCGCCCCAAUGACUCUUGAGAAGUUCUACAGCGAGUACUGGGAGAAGAAGCCGUUUGUGAUCCAGCGGAAGAACUGCCGGGGCUACUACAACGGCUGGUUUGGAAAGGAUGACGUCAUCGCACUCCUGCGCACGGGCAAGAUGCUGUACGGCAAGAACGUCGACGUCACGAACUACGUCGACAAUGAGCGGGUGACCCUCAACAAGGACGGGGCGGCGGACGCCGAUGAGGUGCUCAGGAACUUUGAGGGGGGGUGCUCCGUCAGAGUUUUGCACCCCCAGAGAUGGUCGGAUCCGCUGUGGCUGAUGCUCUCUACAUUGGAGCGGCACUGGGAGAGCGUUGUGGGGUGCAACACGUACCUCACCCCACCGGGGUCGCAGGGGUUUAGCCCCCACUUUGACGACAUCGAGGCGUUUGUGCUGCAAACGGAGGGGCGGAAGCACUGGCGGUGCUAUGCGCCGCGCGAGGGGGGGGAGCUGUUGCCGCGUGUCAGCAGCCCCAACUUCUUGCAGGAAGACAUCGGCGAGCCGGUGCUCGAGUUCGACCUUGAGGCAGGGGACCUUCUGUACAUGCCCCGGGGGACGAUCCAUCAGGCGAACUGCCUCCCCGACAGCCACUCCAUGCACAUCACUGUCUCCACGGGGCAGCAGAACACUUGGGCCGACUUUUUAGCCAUCACGCUGCCCCGCGCGCUCGAGCUGGCGGCGGAAGAACACGUGGAGCUGCGGCGGAGCGUGCCGCGCGACGUGCUGAACUACAUGGGGGUCGUGCAUUCGGACAGCUCGGACACCAGGCGAGAGGAGUUUGUCGGGAAGAUGGCCCAGCUUUUUAGCCUCAUGCUGGAAUCCGCCCCCUGGGAUCCUGCUACCGACCAGCUGGGGGCUAUGUUCCAGAGGGCCAGGCUACCCCCAGUGCCGCUCGGGGGAGCGCCCCGGCCUUCAACAGCCGCCAAAGUUGGGCCUGACACCAAGGUUCGGCUGGCGCACCCCGGUUGCGCCCGGUUGGUCGUGGAGGGCGACUCUGCGGUGGUGUACCACAUGAUGCGCAACCCACGCGACCUGCACUGCGAGCGCCCCGCGGGGGCGGGCCACGGGGAGGGAGAACACGAACACGACGCGGCGGGGGGGUGCUGCGACGGGGACGAGAAGCCCCCCGGGGCGGCAGAACUGGGCGCCGGAAAGGACGGGGAAGAGGAAGACGACGAGGACACGACUCUAGAAUUUCCGGUCGAGUGGGCGCCGGGCCUGGAGCUUCUCUUACUGAGCUACCCGACAACCGUUCCCGUUUCGUCCGUUCCUUUGGACUCCGUCGAUGAGUCCGUUGAGAUGGUUAAGGAAAUGGUUGAGGCGGGCAUCCUGGUAGUCCAAUGAGGGGUCCAACAACAUGGUGUAUGAUUGGCAUCUAAAAGGUGUUGGCAUUUAUCUGUAGCAAGGCAAAGAGGUACACGAAGCUUUUGGUCCUGCGGCAGGCGGACUGUGGUCAGGUAUUGGUGCAAAGGAGAAGCUGAUGGGUACAUACGAAGUCCCGGGCCUCUUCCCGACUGCGCUCAGUUCAAAGUGCGUCAAUAGGUGUGUGUGUGAGAAGGAAAUGGAGAGCGAUUUGACUUGGUCAAGUCUUCUACGUUUCCAAACCCUCGUCCUAGAAUUGAGCUUGUCUGUGAAUGUUGCCAUGCAUGAGCUGG